AAACACUGUUUUUUAUAUACAUUUAAUUUAAUUAUUAUUACUUAUAAAGUGUUGUUUUGUUUUAAUUAUUAUUUAUUUAGUUUUAAUUAACGAUCGCUUUAUAAGCGCCACAAAUGAGUGUUUGAUUUAAUUUCAGUUAUAAUUUAUUUGUUAAUUAAUUGUAAUAAUAACUCAAUUGACGGCAAAUGUUGUGAUUAUUAACCCAUUUAUUAGUGAAUAUUAUUUAUACCAUUAAUUCGUUUGGCCAUCGGAUCCGUUAAACGAGUGACCAAUUGAUCCCAACCUCUGGAGUCAGAGCGACGAUAAUAGCCAUAAUAAAUGUACUUUGAAUUCGAGUCAAUGUCGGCCUCAUUGAUGGCCAGCGAGUCAUCGGCGGUGACUCCGGCACCGGUGGGUGGACUCACUCGACGCCAUCGGCGACUCUCCUCUUCGACACAAUCACUGCGGGAUGUGUUGGACGCGGAGAACGUGUUGGAGAACAUCACACCAUCUCAUUGUGAUCUCUAUCUGAUUACACGCAAGAAGUUGUCGGCGAUGAACGCCAAUACCAUUAAACAGAGCCACGACCUCAGGCGCGAAGUACUCCUCACAUCCAUUCACCGCACCAUCACUUGCAAGCCAUCCGCGCAGACCUCCGCCGCGCCCACCCCUCUGUCCGCCUCCACCGCCACUACGCCCUCGUUCAACGAGUUGUCUCCCAUCACAUCCAGUACUUUGUUCUCCGCCGACACACCGAUGACCACAACCACGACAGCGAUGAGCCAUCCAAUGGCCUUAAGAGACGAGUCGUCUUUACUGCACGACUCGACGCUCUUCUAUUCGGCUCAACAAAUGGCCGCCAAUUGUGACCAACAAUUCAAAUAUGAUUCCCAGUCGAGCACCACAUCGACGUCGACUACAACACAGGCCAACAACAGUGGAACUCGUAUGACAUCGAUGUCGACCACAACAACGACGACCACUCCGUCGGUCAUAAAGAAGCGAAAUCUGGCGCCAAAUCCUAUACCUAAUGGUGACUACGAGGAGGAGUGGAAGACAACGAUAAAGAGGCUGAAAGUAGUUCAUGGCUUAGACAUGAAUGGCUUUGAUGUGUCCAUGGAGUCGGAGUUUGAAUCCGGUUAUUGUGAUACCGAUCUCAACGACUUAACAAAUAACUUUCAUAGCCUUAAGACUCCGUUCACUUGAUAUUAGAUAUUAAGGUUAAGUGCAUUGAUUGGCGGGAGAGUGAGUGAGAGAGAGAGGCAUAUGUGGUGUUCAAAACAC